UGAGAACUCAUAUUCUCAAUCUGGCGACGUGUUUCUCGUAAUGUGACCAUUAUCAGCUGUUGUGACGCAGUAUGAAGGCUGCAAUAUGUCAACUUCAAUGUUUUGUUUCUCCAUAUAUACACUUAUCUGUCUGAUUUCGCCAUCUUUAGCCUUGUUGUACAACUCCACAGAUGACGUGAUCGGUUUAGACAAUGCCACAUUCUACCAAACAAUAUUGGGCUCACAUUUUGCUUGGAAUGUUGAGUUCUACAACUCCUGGUGUGGACAUUGUAUUCACUUUGCGCCAACUUAUAAAAAGGUCGCCGCAGACACUAAAGGAUGGAAGGGAGCUAUUGGCGUAGCAGCCAUUGAUUGCUCAGAUGUUAAAAACCAGGCUAUUUGUACUCACUAUGAGGUGAAGGGCUUCCCAACUCUGAAGCUGAUACCUCCGGGGGCGGGUCAUGAGGACCUGGGUCUGGACUAUUACAGCAUUGACCAAUCAGAGAUUGAGAUAAUGAUGAUUGAUUACCUGACCAAUCUCACCAUAGUGAACAGAAAACCAAGAGGAUGUCCGUACCUGUUACCUCUUAGACAUAUAGAAAACAUCUGGCAGUCAGCAAGACAAGAACACAAGCUUGUAGCCCUCAUCUUUGAGGAGGAGGAAUCAUAUCUCGGGAGACAAGUUAUAUUGGACCUCAGCCUGAAUUCUAACAUUCUAGUUCUUAGAAUGGAUGCCCAGAGCACAAAAAAGUUUGGCAUCACAACAUUUCCAUCUCUGUAUUUAUUUGAGCCACAUGGUUUUAAGCAGAUUGCAAAAGGUUAUACUGACAGAGCAUCCUUUGUGAGUGCAUUGACAGCCCUUGUCUCCACAGAGAAACUAGGUGGUAGAAACCAACAACCACUGCCUUUGCCAGACUCUGAGCAUCUGCAACAGGAAGUUGAUGUUCUUCAACCCCAGAAUCAGAAAAAAAGUGUCCAAGACAUGGCUAUUAAAGAAAAAAGCCCUGAAAAGUAUGCUGUCCACAUGCAGGACUUGGAGUCUGCUUUGACCUAUUGUUUGAGGCAUGAGGUGGCCAUCCAUAAAGACAUUCAAGGGGAGGAUCUAAAAGCUCUCCAGCAUUUUGUUCGCAUUCUUGCUAAAUAUUUUCCUGGACGGGAGGAGGUGAGUAGUUUUCUGAGGAAGCUGUCCAGCUGGCUGGAUGGGGUACCAGACAUAACUAGCUAUCACUGGUCACACAUGAUUGAAUCCUUACAGACUGUUGAUUCUUUUCUGCCAGAGUCAGUCCUCUGGGUUUCCUGUCAAGGGAGUCAGACUUAUUUCCGUGGAUACCCAUGCGGCAUGUGGACUCUCUUUCACACACUGACGGUCAAUUCUUACCUGUACGGAAAAGACAGUGCUAAGUUCCUGUACAAGGAUGUUCUCAUAGCUAUAGGAGGUUAUAUGAAGCAUUUCUUUGGCUGUGUGUUCUGCAGCAGACAUUUCACAAAGAUGGCAGCAACCAUCGACACUGAGGUGACCUCACCUAAAGAGCUUGUCCUAUGGCUGUGGAGGUCACACAACAAGGUCAAUAAGAGGCUCCAUGGUGAUGCCUCGGAGGACCCUAAACACCCAAAAGUCCCUUUUCCCCCCAAAGCUGCCUGCUCAAAGUGUCACAAGUCCCAGGGCAACCAAGAUCCCGAGUUUGAUGAAGAGGCUGUGUUGAUUUAUUUGUUAGAAUUGUAUGGAUCUGAUCAUAUUAUUAGCAUUCCAAAUGAAGUGGAGGACAUUCCAGAUAUUAGUUCAGAUAAGAAAGAUAUGGAUUGGUGGCAGAAGAUGCAGAGAAGCAAGGAUCUGGAGAAACUCCGAGAGCUUCGUCAACAAAAACAGGAGGAAAAGAGGAAGAAGCUGUUGUCUAGACAACCAAGUCACCGUAAAGGUUCCUCAAGGGAGGUAAAUCUCCCAGCUGUCGGGACAGUCAGUACCACAGACAUGGGACUCUGUGCUGUUUAUUAUGUAUUGUGUGUGUCCAUCAUUAUUGCUUUAUAUUAUCAUUUUUUCUACAAGAGAAGAUGCAAGUCUAAAAAACACUUUAUAUGAUACCAUGUUAGGGAGGGUUUUAUACAAGUACAUAAAGUCACAUGCCCUAAAUAGUGAAAUCAGUAUGUAUCAAAUUCAGAUAUCAUAUUACUUAACAUGGAAAUGCAAUAAUUUUAUAAACAUUUUUGCAAUCAUAUUUUCAAGUUUAUUCUGUAAAUUUUAAAUACCAAGAAUUGUGCU